GCGAUUCAGGACAGUGUUCGCUACCAGAGCGUCGGUCUGUGAUUCCUGUCAAUGUCUUUGACGCUCAAGCUAUAUAAUAUGUAUAAUCUUUGAUACCGGCGAAUCUGUGAUGUAAACAAGAAGUCGUCUGUCAAAUACUGUAUUGUUCGUUCCUUUUGCUGGAAGAAGAAUGGACGGACACCAAAAAGAAAAUGGAAUGCCAUACAGUAAAACUGGUGAAAGAGAUCAAGAUGAAAAAUUAUUGCAGCCAUUCAAGUACAUCCUACAGGUUCCAGGGAAGCAAAUAAGAGCAAAAUUAGCUCACGCAUUCAAUUAUUGGCUUAAAAUACCAGCUGAUAAAUUGAAUGCUGUUGGAGACAUUGUUCAAAUGUUACAUAAUUCAAGUCUUCUUAUUGAUGACAUUCAAGAUAAUUCUGUGCUAAGGCGAGGAAUCCCUGUUGCUCAUUCAAUUUAUGGGGUAGCUAGCACAAUAAAUGCAGCAAAUUAUGUUUUCUUCAUUGCUCUGGAGAGAGUAUUAGGGCUGGGUCACCCAGAGGCAACCACUGUUUACACUGAGCAACUUUUGGAGCUUCAUCGUGGGCAAGGUAUGGAACUUUAUUGGAGAGAUAAUUUCACCUGCCCUUCAGAGGAAGAAUACAAACAAAUGACUAUCAGAAAAACUGGUGGAUUAUUUAUGCUUGCAAUUAGGUUGAUGCAGCUCUUUAGUGAAAACAAAGCUGACUUCACAAAACUGGCUGCUGUAUUAGGAUUAUACUUCCAAAUAAGGGAUGAUUACUGCAAUCUGUGCUUACAAGAGUAUUCAGAAAAUAAGAGCUUUUGUGAGGACCUGACUGAAGGAAAGUUCAGUUUCCCAAUAAUUCAUGCUAUAACUAGUCAACCAGAUGAUAGACAAGUCAUUCAUAUAUUACGGCAGAGAACACACGAUGUUGAAGUAAAAAAGUACUGUAUUACUUUGCUUGAAAAGUAUGGAUCCUUUGAUUAUACACGACAGACAUUGGAGCAGUUGGAUAUUGAAGCCAGGGCAGAAGUGGAAAGGCUGGGAGGCAACCCCUUAAUGGAAGCUCUUCUUGAUGCGCUGUUGACAUGGAAAAAUGGUGCGCAAGCAAAGCGACGAGUUUCUAUCACUGAAUAAAAUAUCAGAGUUGUGUUGUGUAAUGAACUGUUGUUUGUUUUUCUCAGAGUUUAGUAAAACUGUAUAAGUUAUUUUAUUUAUGACUGUUGUGAUGUGUCGAAUGAAAUUACUUUUUUGUUAAACCGCAGAAGCCUAACAUAUAAGUCUUAAAAAUAUAUGUAACUUGCAAACUGUAUGUUCCAAAACUCUACUAAAACAUUGUAAGAAAGUUUCAACAUACAAGGCUGUGAGCUAUGAAAAAUGACACCAACUUUCUUAUCAAAAUAUUUUGCAGCGAAAGAGGCUAUAUCGUGAAUACAUUUGAGUUGCAGCCUAUUUACUAUACCUAUUUUUGAGUUUUGGAACAUAGUUGCAGAAUAUCAGUAUUAAAUGCCAUUAGUGGUGAAUCAAAGCGUGUAUAAGAUGACAAUAUUUAAAACAUUCCAUUAUAUAUACAGGCUUGUAGCAGUUUAGAGGAUAGAUUAGGUAGCAACAUUGUUAUGAAUAAUUUAUUGUUUCAAAGCAUUAUUUUCAGACAAUAGCAGCUGUGAGAGCAGCAUGAUCUAAGUGUGUGCAAGGUCACUGCCUGUGAUAAACAAUUUGUCAAUUUUACUGCAGUAGUCAUGUCGAAGUCGAGAUUUUAUAUUAAUUUCCAUUCUUUCAUUUGUGUGUCCUAUUUAUGUCUUUGUCAUUGUAUUUUUCUUAUGUUUCUAAAUUAUACUGAGAUCUGUUAAGUGGGAAAUCUUUACCUAGCACUUCCAAUCUUCACAAUACAUUUCACUGCACUCUAAUGCACAUCGCUGCCCUUUGGUUCAUACAGACCCUUAAUACUUCUUCAGAGAGCUUCACAUCUGUCAGUUUAUUCUCGAAAUUAUGUUCAUUCUAGUAAGUGACUUAUCUUCUGUGCUGACAUUUCCACGCACUCUGUAAUAGUCUGUUCAUUUAAUAUCAUUCUAUCUCCACAUCACAAUUUUAACAAAUAUCAUUAUAGCUUUUCUGGUUUGUUUUGCUCAUUUUGUAAAAGUUUCAACAUCUUUUACUAUGCUUUUUAUACACGAGAAUGUUUGUCUAAAAUUUUGUAAAUAUAUUUUGGUGCCAUGAGACAAAUGCCCACUGACUCAGACAUGUCUUGCAAAAGCAAGCUUAAAGGCAGUCGGUAAUAAAAUAAGGUUGUUGAUAGUGGCAAAACACCUUUCUAUGGUGCCCAAUGACAUCCUCCUAGAUUUGUCCACAACCUUUAUUGUAAAGGUGGGAAGCUCUGUGACACUGGGUGCUUUGAGUUUUAGUGAAAUUCCAUUUCCUGCGCUUAAUAGUGUGUCUGGCUAUGGCAGAAAAACGAAGACCAUAAUCUUUCCACAGGUAAAUUGUUUCCUCAAAAUUGUAGUCACCAUUUAAAGAGUGGUGUAAAGUGUACAGUUUGUAGUUUUGCUCAUGUUACAAGCAGGCCUCACUGUCCACAGUUGAGAAGAAAAUUAAAUUUAGAGUUUACUGUGCUCCAUACAGCUCAUAUUAGAGACAGUGCCCAUAUAAUCAUAUCCGUCUAUGCUAGUGGUGUACUAAUUUUACCUCAUUAUCAAAACCACAAGUUGAUUGUAAAAAUUUUCUUUGUAUAUAAUUUAAGGUUAAAAGAGAGAACUCGUCAAGUAGAAGUGUUGAAAUGGCAUCAGGCACACACAAAACAAUGAAAAAAUCACUUUACUGUUUUCCAUUUAAAAUAUUUAAUAGUUUUAAAACAUGUCAAAAAAAUAUAAGAAAUAUAAAUAUACAAUUACUUUGUCAAGUUCUAAAAUCUUAAUAGCUCUAUCUACUUGCCUAAGUUUUAGAAAAUGUUGAUUCUGGUACAGUCAGUACUUUUGUAGAUUUUGCUACUACAACUGGAACAUAUUUGAGAAUAUGUUGGGCCUUAUGUUUAGCCUCCUCUCUUUCCUGCUCUUCAUUGAGUUGUCUCCUGCAUUAUUAAAACAAAGGGGGCUUUUUUGGGUGCUAGUCAAUUACCCAACACUUCUACUAUUGGGUGAGUUGCCUCCUUUACUCCUAAGGUAUUUGCAUUUUGCAAGAAUUUUCCUUACCACAUUUAAAAUUUUGUUGUACUGUCUGUGUUAGUAAAACAUUAGUGUCUCUGUUUCCAAACUGAAUUUGUAAAAUGCAUGUCGCUUGCAACUUUUUAACAUGAGAGUAAUUCAGUGUUGCUUAUUGUGGAAUUGAUAUCAAUCGUGUUUGAUAGUAGUACCUGUGUUAAAACCAAUGCUUUACUUCCAGAGGGUAGUAUGUUUUGUAAGGCGGAACAUGAAUUGGUAUAAAAGUAGAUAGUUAAUUUCAGGUACAGGUGCAUAUCACGUUAGUAAGAAAGCCAGGACUUUUCACAAUUGUAGUGUUAAAUGUACCACACAAUUUUUCCAUAUAUUGAAUAAACAAAGGAACACUUUGUAUGUUUCUGGAAA